AUGAAGCUGUAUAAGUUAAUAGUCCACCAAAAAACCUUUAGUGAAGAAGAUUUAAUAAUUAAUCCAAAAGAUCAUCCUAGUAUAAAAACUGGAGAUGUUGUUGAAAUUUAUCAUCCAGAGGUUGAAUUUAGUCGACUACUUCUUCAGGUCACAUCCUUUAAAGAAGAUUUACAAGGACGUGAAACAAUUAGUGUGGAGAACAAUGUAGCAACAAUGUUUCAGCUAAGAACAUUUGGAGAUGUCUAUAUGAAUGUUGUUAAUCCAGAUGAUGUAGCUUUGGAUUCUGUGGAACUUACUUUUAAAGAUCAAUAUUUGGGUCGUAGUGAAAUGUGGCGUCUAAAAAAUAGCUUGGUUAAUACAUGUGUAUAUAUGAACAAAAAGAUUGAAUUCUGUGGAGGCAGUAUAAGAUGUCAAGUGUAUGAAAUGUGGUCGCAAGGUGAUAGAGUUGCUUGUGGUGUUAUAACAAAUGAUACUAAGGUUGUGUUUCGUUCUUCAACAAGUAUGGUGUAUCUUUUUAUUCAAAUGAGUUCAGAAAUGUGGGAUUUCGAUAUUCAUGGUGACCUAUAUUUUGAAAAAGCAGUUAAUGGAUUUCUAGCUGACUUAUUUCAAAAAUGGAAAAAAAAUGGCAGUAACCAUGAAGUAACAAUAGUUUUAUUCUCAAGAACAUUCUAUAAUGCUAAUAGUCUAGAAGAAUUUCCAAAUCAUAUGCGUGAAUGUUUACAACAUGACUAUAGAGGAAGGUUUUAUGAAGAUUUCUACAGGGUGGUAGUUCAAAAUGAAAGAUUUGAAGAUUGGAGUAAUGUAUUAGUACAAUUACGUAAACUAUUCACAGAUUAUCAAAAAAUUGUAUUAGAGUAUCAUCAAAAACCAGGUGUUAUUAUUCCAAAAGCAGUUAAUUCAACAGCUGCACAAGGAAAUUUUUUAGAAGUUUUAAAUAUGUCUUUAAAUGUGUUUGAAAAACAUUAUCUGGACCGUAGUUUUGAUAGAACUGGUCAAUUAUCAGUAGUAAUUACACCAGGUGUAGGUGUCUUUGAAGUUGACAGAGAGUUAACAAAUGUCACAAAACAAAGAAUUAUUGAUAAUGGAGUUGGUAGUGAUUUGGUAUGUGUUGGAGAACAGCCAUUACAUGCAGUUCCUCUGUUAAAGUUUCACAAUAAAGACACAUCUGUUAAUGCACCUGAUGACUACAGUAUGCCACAUUGGAUUAAUCUUAGUUUUUAUUCAACAAAUAAAAAAAUUCCUUAUUCAACAUUUAUACCUCGCAUAAAACUUCCUCAAAGGGUGUCAAAACAACCAAUAGAAAAUGGAAAAUUGCAAUGUAAAAAUAAACUUUUACAAGAAGAUGCAAGAGAAUGUUUACAUAAUACAUUAUUUGACUAUGAUGCAUAUGAUGCACAAGUCUUUCAGUUACCUUCUGUUCAUACUUCAAGCAGUUUGCAACGAGUUACAACAAGGACCAAAAAGACAAGUGUUGCAAGUAUGGAAACACAUAAUAAUGCACACAUACUAAAAUUUUUGAAAAGAAAAAUGUCAGAUCCUGAUAUUCACCAUCCACCACCUGAAUCUCAUUCUCCUCCAGCUACAACAAGAAGUGCAGCAAUCUCAAUACCUUCUAGAACAGAUGAUGUUGCUAGUAAUGAAUCUAAUGGAGAAGUUAAUGAAUCAAGAACAUCGGUAAAAAGUGAUUUAACAGAUUCAGAAAUAUCACCCCCGUUUAGGCCGGUUGUUGGUAGUGCUGGAAGCCCAACAAAUACAAUAUCUCAACCUGCAAGUAUUAGACCCAGUAGAGCACUUAUUAAUCCUUUUGAUCCAUCUCACGUUACAAUUAAACUUACUAGUAACAGACGAAGAUGGACGCAUAUUUUUCCUAAAGGACCAACAGGUGUACUUAUACAGCAACAUCAUUAUCAAGCUGUUCCAGCACGAAUGUGUUCAGAAUCACAAUCUGAUGCUACUUCCACUAUAAGUGUGUCUCCCAUGGAACACAAUGACAUCUCUAAUUCAAAUCUGUUCCAUGAUCAUACCAAAAAUAAACCCCAGAGAUUAAAUCUCUUACUAUCAAGUGGUGAUAAGGGUGGAAAUCCAGUCUCUUCUACAGGGAAUAAGUCUUUAACAUUAUUAUGGGGUGCUACUGGUGAACAGGAAUGGACACCAGCACUUACAACAGCAAUCAUAGGUGUUGAUUGGAAAUCAUUGACUAUCCCAGCAUGUUUGCCUAUUACAACAGACUAUUUCCCAGACAAAAGAAGCCUACAAAACGAUUAUGUAGUGUCAGAUUACAAUCUUUUACCUGAUGAUGUUAAUACAGAUUUUGCUCAACAACGAGCAAUAUAUAAAAAACCUUUAACAACUGCAGAAGUGUUCAAGGAACUUGUAUCGCAACGAUUAGCACAGGGUUUUCAAUUAAUUAUCCUGCCGCAAACUAACAAAAAUCAAAACAUUACGCCCGGUAGUAAUGCUGUUCCAGCAAUAAGUUCUGUAAUGCGCGGUCGACAAACAGAAUCAGAACCCAAAGAGGAGUAUUUGCUGAGUAUCGGUAGAAUAUUUCAUAAAAUAUCUUUAUUCGAUAAUUGUAUAACGGUAACAAGAUAUCGGCCAAGGCAUCCUUAUCCUCCAUUCAAUAUUCAUUAUCUGUAUCGAUUUCACGCACCACACCACGAUACGUACGAAGUAUCGUGGGUAUCUUUUACAACGGAGAAACUUGAGAAUUAUAACUGGAAUUACUUAGAUCAUUAUAUUUGUACUAGGGGUCAUACAGAUUUCGCUUUAGUAGAGGCACUUAAAUAUUGGAGGUUUCGUGUUUUCUUACUUCCUUUACAUUAUUCGGUGACUCGAAAAUUUUUAGAAGGUUCAUCAAGAUGCGAUAUAUAUACACCCCUAACCACUUCCGAGCAAAUUUCCCUCUUGGAUGGAUUUUUACGAUUCAUCGAGCUAUGGCCGAAUAAAAUUCGACGUCCGAAUCCGAACAAAAAUUGGAACCCUUCAACUCUAGGUGGUGUUUCCCAGAGAGAUCCUGCCUCUCACUUGAUCAGACGCAGGCACAGCACGAGCCUGAUUGUCCUCACUAACCAGACCAGUCUAGUCGGCAGCUCUCCCUUCAGGGAGCGACUCGGAAGCAAUCGUCUACCAGAGAAACCGAGACCAAGAUCAGGUUCCAAAGUGAUGGACAGAGGUCGAAUCUCGCCAGCGAGCGAAGCUGUGCUACCCCUCUCGCUUGAGCAACAACAAGAUCAUUUUGACUCCAAUGAAGAUAGUACAAAUAUGGAAUUGACAAAGUUAAAGAACACCGCGUCGAACAAUGAAAUUCUGGAGGCAAUGAAACACCCGCAGAACGGUGUAGGAUUCCUUACACAACAUCCGUCUCUCCCGAGUCAAACAUUUGUCAGUGCAGAUGCAGUGCAAUGGUUAAACGACCACAUAGAAGGAGGAGUAACAGUGGAGAAUGCUAUCAGUAUCAUGAAUGGCAUGAUACAAGACAAAUUAAUAUGCCACGCAUCUGGCGAUUUUUCUAAACCGUUCAUUCUAGGAUUUUAUUUAUACCAUGUAGUACAAGAUAAAGAAAAUCAAAGAGCUGGAGAGUAUUUUUCACCUCUGGGUGAUUUACAAAGCUUCGAAAAUGAAUGGGUAGAGGUUGAAACAAAAGCACCAAAAGGCUGGUGUGAACCCACUUCUCCAGGAUCAUUUCUGCCUAUGUCAUCUCCGAUGACUAUACCUAGCACCGACGCUGUGGACGAAUCAAAUGUACCGCCGUUUCUUAAAGAUGAUCUAGACGUAGAGGAUACCACGGAUGAUAGAGAAUGGCAAGUCCCGCCAUAUAAACAUACUCAUUUAGAUAUAGAUAUAAAUAACAGAAGCGACAGAAUUGAAUGGGGUCAUUUAAGAUAUCAAUCUAUAUACAAGGUGGAUCACUCUUAUGAACUUGUAGUUCAGUGGGUAGCAUCAUCUGGUAGUAUAGUUGCUGAUCUUAUAUUUGUGUGGCAACGUAAGGCUCAAAUGUGCGGAAUUCAAAUGGUUCCUAUUCCCAGUGAUCUACUAGCACUACCGUUCACUUUAAAAAGCGAUCCUUUAAGGGGACCUAUUUUUAUACCAUUAAAUGCAGAGUGUCUUAUGACAAACAAACGACACCUUUUUGAAGAAUUUCGUGAAGAAACUUACGCACAAAGACUUUUUCUCUUUCAAGAAGCAAUUGUACAAAGAUUUGGCUUUGUUCCUUGUUUAAUAGAAAGUACCGAAAACGAUCAUCAGUAUGUUCAUAUGACAGGCAAUGCGUUUAUACUGAUUCCAUCUACUGCAAGUACGAGAUCGCGUCCCCGAACUGCUACUAAUGUUGUAAGACGGAAUACAGGACAAAAAGGAUAUCCAAUUCAUUCUGAUCAACCCAGUCCCCAUGAAGCAUAUAUUACGAGACACGUUAGUGGAAAGAAUAAAGACGAUUAUAAUAAGGAUAAGAGGAUUGGAUUUCUUUGGUCAUGGAAUCAUAUGCUUAGUCGAAAAUGGAAAUCGUCGUCUACAUUGGCUGGCGAUGAAUUAUUUCAAAAGAAGCUUAUUCAAGAUUUUAGACAUUUUUGUUCGAAUGGGGACAAUAGGUUGAAGCAAUUCUGGGAAUCUUGUUGGGAAAUAAAAGAAAAAUCGUAUACGAAAGCUACCUAA